AUGGCGGCUUCCCAAAGCGAAUCCCCGCUCGCCACCCAGCCGUGGGGUCUGACCCCGAGCCCGGACCUGAAGCAAAAGGAGUGGGAUACCCUCCUGGCGCUCUGCGAUGCCGCCAUCCCCGCCAUCCGCAGCGCGCAGUCGAGCGAGACGAAGCGCGCGAGCAACGCCCUCUGCCUACCCGAUGAUGCCUUCGCCGCGACUCUCGAAAGUAUCCGGUCCAGCCUACCGCCUAGCACGUCCCGAGAGACCGCCGUGGCUUUUCUCGAGGACCAGCCGUCUUCGAUCCCGGGCUUCAAGGAAGUUUUGCAGUACACGCUGCUCAUGUGCACACCACCUGGCGAACUCGUAGACCUGGCAAGAGUUUUGCGAAUACUCGGCUACUCGGCGGGAUCUCUCCUCCUCACCGGUUACGCAACAACAAUCACAGCACAACCCCUACACGUCAGGGAACAGAUCCUGCAAACUACGACUACAACUUCAUCCAAAUCCCCCGGCAAGGAACCCGAGGUUCUCCAGGUAGAUGUGGUGAUUGUGGGCAGCGGAUGCGGUGGUGGCGUCGCGGCCACGGUAUUGGCGGAAGCGGGUCUUCGCGUGCUGGUGGCGGACGUUGGCCACCACUGGCAAAGCGACCAGUUGCCACACAGCGACGUCGACGGACCAAAGCGCACAUUUAUGAAUGGCGGGUCCAUCCUCUCCGAUGACAGUUCGACAGCCGUAGCCGCCGGCCAGACCUGGGGCGGCGGAGGUGCCGUCAACUGGGCCGCGGCCCUCCAACCCCAAGGCUUCGUGCGCCGCGAAUGGGCCGCCACCGGCCUCCCCUCUUCGCCUCCACCGCCUUCCAAAGUCGGUCGACCGCGUGUGCGACGCCAUGGGCGUGUCCACCGACCACGUCGAGCACAGCAAGCCCAACGAGAUCCUGUUGAGCAGCGCCAAGAAGCUCGGCUGGGCGCACGCCGUCGUGCCCCAGAACAACGGCCGGGCCCCCACACCUGCGGCCACCAGUGCACCAUGGGGUGUCGGUCCUCGGGGAAAAAGGGCCCCGCCGUCUACUGGCUGCCCAGGGCCGCGGCGGCCGGUGCGCAGUUUAUGGAGGGGUUCGAGGUGAAGAAGAUCCUCUUCGGUAGGGGGCGGAGCAAGCGCGCCAAGGGAGUAUACGGCGUCUGGCGGUCCCGCGACGAGCACGGCGGUGUGGCAGGAAAGUCCGUCGUGACCCGCCAAGUCAUUGUCAAGGCGACGCGAGUCAUCGUCUCGAGCGGAACCCUCCAAUCACCUCUCCUCUUGGCCCGUUCGGGCCUCAAGAACCCUCAGAUCGGCAAGAAUCUCUACCUCCAUCCCGUGUCCAUGAUGGGCGCCGUCUACGACGAGCAGCUCGAGCCGUGGAAGGGCUCCAUCAUCUCCUCCGCCUGUUCCGAAUUCGAGAACCUCGACGGCUACGGCUACGGCCCCAAGCUGGAGCCCACGUGCACUAUCCCCUGGACCUGGACGACCUGGCUCCCGUGGACCAGCGGCGAGGAGUGGAAGCAGAUGGCCGCCAAGAUGGGAUGCACCGCCGCCUGGAUCAGCUUAACGCGCGACAAGCACACCGGCUCCGUCUACGCGGGCCCCGACGGCCGCUGCCAGAUCCGCUACCACCCUUCCUCCCUCGACAAGCGACACAUCAUGGAAGGCCUCAUCGCCCUCGCACGCAUCAAUUAUGAGGCCGGGGCGCGCGAGAUCUUCACCACCAUUCCCGGCGCCCCGACCUAUCUUCGCAAGGACAGCGUGGAUGAUUCGGCGACCGGCGACGGGUUCGCCGCCGACCCAGACUUUGAGGACUGGCUCGCCCGGCUGCGCGCCUAUGGCUUCCCCUCUCCGCAGUCCAUCUUCGUUUCCGCUCACCAGAUGGGCACGUGCCGCAUGUCGAGCUCGCCCAAGAGCGGCGUGGUCAACACCAAGGGCGAGGUAUGGGGCACGAAGAAUCUGUACGUCAUGGAUGCGAGCGUCUUCCCGACGUCGACGGGCGUGAACCCAUUCGUCACCGUCAUGUCUAUUGCCGACGCAUUGAGUCGCGAAAUUGUCGCGGAGGUCUCUAAGAGUAAGCUGUAG